CCUCCACCUCCACCCCAUCAUGGACGUGUACGACGACCUCGAGUUCCAGUGCCCGCAAUGCGACCGGUCCUUUGCCUCUGCGCAGGGCCUCACCCGCCACACGGCUGCCAAGCACGGCGAUGGGUCUGAUGUCACAGGCUCGGGCUCUGGUGCUGCACCUCGCCGCCGCUCUCGGAGGAACGGCCCCACCGGUGGCCCCUAUACUUGCGCCGAGUGCCCGCGCACCUUUGCCUCGCCCCGCGGCAUCAGCCGCCACUGCGAGGCUAAGGGCCACGCAGAGGGUCCCGUUCUCGACGUCGCCGAGCUUCCGCAGGCUGCUGCCUCGGGGGGCGCCCGUCGCUCGCGUGGCCGUCAGCAGGGCUCGGGCGGAUCGUACCUCUGUGCCGAGUGCGACCGUGGCUUUGCCACGGAGCAUGGCCUCUCGCGCCACCAGGAAGCCAAGGGCCAUGAGGGCAUGACCUUGACCCCGCAUGCCGCCCAGGCGCUCACCGUCUCCUGCGGCGCCUGCGGACGCUCCUUUGCCUCUGCCCGCGGCCUCGAGCGCCACUGCGAGGCCACUGGCCACGACGCCAGCGCCGACGGCGGCGCCAACGCUGACGCCCCUGUCGGCGCCUACGUCUGCUCAUGCGGUAAGGCCCUGGUCUCGUCCCGCGGCCUCGAGCGCCACCAGCAGGCCAAGGGCCACACGGGUGAGGGCGUGGCCGCCUUUGCCCCGGCCGUCGUCGACGACGGCGGCCCGUACGAGUGCCACGCUUGCGAGAAGGUCUGCGUCUCGGCCCGCGGCCUCGCCCGCCAUCUGCACGUCACCGGCCAUGCCGAUGAGCCUGCUGGCGGCGCUGCCUACGUCUGCGAGACCUGUGACCGCGUCUUUGGCUCGCGCCACGGCAUCAACCGCCACCACGGCGCUGUGGACCACGACGGAGUCAUCAUCCUCGACGACCGCGCUGCUGGCCUCCCCUGCCCCUCGUGCUACCGCAAGUUUGCCUCGCAGACCGCACUCGACAUCCACAUCGACGAGAAGCACGCCCCUUUCGAGAGCGGCAGCGCCGACGGUGAGAUUGUUGCCGAGUAACGACUUGUCUGAGCUUCCCAACCUCGCCCUCCCCACUGCCCCCUCACUUCUUUCUCCCCAAACGUAAACUGCGGGCCGUGUCAA